AUGUAUUCAUUACCGUCGUCAGUAUCGACGAAUUUCAAUGUCUACUCAAAUCCAUACAGAAAAUCAUCUACCACUUCAUCCAGCAAACGUUCAAUCACUCAAUCACCUUCUUACUCUACUGCCAAACGCAUCAGCAAUACCAAUAAUAAUGCUAAUCUCGGAAGUUAUAUCAAUAAUAAUACUAAUUAUAUUGAAAAUCCUGGAAAGUUUUCAAAAAAUCGACGUUUCUCGCUAAAAUCGACGUCUUCGUCGUUCCCACUGCCCACUCACUCGUCUCUCACAACAGCAUCAUCAUCGCUGAUGUCUUCAAAUAAAUUAACUGCAUCAGAUGCGCGUAAACUUUCUGUUCCGGCCACUGGAAGUAGAGCAGAAUCGACAAUACGUGAUUCUGAGAAGAGCGCUGGUAAGCGGAAUGUAAGUGAAACACGAAAAUUUGCUGUGAACAGUAGUGCUACGGCCGCAUCCGUGAAUGGCUCACACUAUUCACCAAUACCGACCAAGUUCACUCCAGUGGAUGCUAGUAAGGACAGUCAAAUUGAUCGAAGGAAGCAAUAUGCUAUGAAUAAUACUUCAUCUUUAUCGCAGUCGUAUUAUACAGAUUCAUCCGACAAAAAUAAUUCUUCUUCAUUAUCAGCAUUUUCUUGUGUGCCGUUUUCGUCUCCCUCUGUUGCUCCACCAUCUGCUUCUGCAUUAUUCAGUCGAGAAUUUGGAAACAGUAACAGCAGCAGUGCACGAAAACCAUCAACACCGUCUUCAUCAGCGUCCAUAUCUGAUGGAUUCACCCGUCAGAUGGCUUCCAGAAAUGAAUCCAUAUCCUGUGCACCCACAACACCCUUACGCUACCAACAAGCACAAACACAGCAACAACCACAACCGUCAUAUGAAUUGUCGAAUUCUGGAGUACUGAAUGCAACUGUAUUCAAUGCACAACCAGAGUUGAACGCAUUAAAUAAUGUGAAAACUAACAGCGGUAAUGUAAGGAUGAACAACAACAAGAAUGCAAUUUCAAAGAGAACAACAGGCUUAAUAGAACAACAACUAUUUGUGAAACGUUUAUUGCAAGCACAUAGCGUUGUUGAUGAAAUGCUUCGUUCACGUGGUAUGCAAGCUGAAGAUGAACGCCUCUAUUUAAGGCGCAAGCUGCAGCAGGAAAAUGUUGCUGCUGAUGAUGAUCAUGAAGCAGAAACAGAAACAACUGAAACACAACAUAAUGUUGACGAUGAUAAGAGUAUUAAUGAUCAACAUACUAAUAAUGAUGAUGACUCGUCUCAUUCUUGUGGCAAUUUUUCGUCUUCUCGCUGUUUAGCAUCAUCGAGUGUUGUUCAGCAUGAACAACAACAACAUUCAUCAGCAGCACGAAGGCGAAGUGUUUCAGGGGACUCAGAUUCAGGAUUGUCGUUAGAUGAAGAUGAUUCAGAAGAGUGGAUGGUGCACACGCUAGUGGUGGAAGAAGGUGACGGCCAAUAUGAGCGCGAGCAAAAACGAAGAAAACAUAAAACAAAUUGCGGCAUAAAAAGUUUUACUGCUACUAGUGCUGGCGAUUGUUCACGUUCGCUGUCAUAUAACGAGAAUACGAAGAAUAUCACGAUCGAAAUCACACUCGUGAAUACGGCCAACAAAGGACAGCAGCAGCAAAUUGCAAGUGAUUUUUCAAUAAUAAGUAAAAUGAUAUCGAACGGACGAACUGCGUUGAACGUUAAAUUUGAAAAUAAGGCGAAACUGAAGAAGAAGAAGGAGAAAGUAGUGAAAGAUUUGUCAGAUAACGACAAAAAGACUGUUGUUUGGAAUAAGAAUCGUGGCACGUUGUUGGAAGAGAAGUCGCGAACAGAUAAUGAUGAUAACAAUGUUAAAAUUCAACAAAGUAAGCGAAUUCAAGCAACAAAAAUUUCAUCGAAAACAAAAUCAUUGUUGAAACCAAAGCAGCAAAGAAAAGAAAUUGACAGCGACAGUGAGUUCAUGACUCGGCAACAGCAACCAAUCGUGCAACGUACAUUAAAUGCGACAUUGACUGAUCGUCGUCGACAUAUAGUUCAUUCAGCAGCCGAAAUAUCCAUACAACACGUUAGUUUCUAUCAGAUCGCCAGUUCGCUCAUCAAGCAGAAAUGCAUUAAUGUCGAAAAUUUCGUUCGGAUUCAUUUCCGUCUAACGCAACGUAAUCCGAAAUCGUUAUGUGCUAGCAUACACAUACCACUGCUCAGAUCUUUCACACGUAUCGCGACGUUUGAUGCUAAACUACCGACCGUGCUGACAACGAAACGGAAUAAUCUUAAAAAAUUUCGAAGUCAAACAAUUGAGAUUGCUCAGUUGCAACGUCGUUCACCACAAAUAGAUGCGAUCUUAUCAGAUGCGCAUCAGCAGUGUGCAGCAACGUUGUUACGUAAAACGAUUCCAGCGCACGUACGUAAGAAUCAAGCAGUGAUCAGUCGAGUUCGUAUUCCAGAAAUGUUCCUAAAACCAUUCAACCUCUCGUCAACAAUCUCCAGAUGCACAUUGCAACAACAAGCAACAUGUUUAGACGAUGACGAUCAGAAAAAACUGCGUACAGCACGUUAUCAAUUGAAACACGUCGAUUUCAGUCGUACAGUCAGUUGUAAUAGUUUAUUAAAUGCCACUGACACAACCACUAUCACUUCUUCGAACUUCGAAGAAAACACUAAGAAGUGCGCGAUUAGUAAAAAACCAGAAAUUGAGAAGGGAAACGAAGAUGCGAAAUCAGUCGUAGCCGAGGAUAUUGAUGAGGGUGGAAUUCGAAACAAAUUUUCGAGAACAAAAGCAGUCGUAGCAGAAAGGCAAUUGGAAACGAUCAAAUCUGGGAGUGAUAUCAACGAAGAUCACUUGUAUGAAUCAGAUAAGAAUGAUGAUAACGAGCCACGAAAAUUAAAGAGUGAAGAAAUGACCAUUACUAAUACAACGAAUUCGACGUCUCCCAUUACUAAAAAUUCUACAAAGAAAGAUAAACUAUCGAAAAACACAAAGGAAUCGACAAAGAUACCAUGUUCAAAGAGUGUUGUGAGGAUUACAAAUGAUGAUAUCAUUGCCAAUAACCACAUGAAUAAUACUGAUGAUAAUAAUAACAAUACUAAUGAUAAUAGGAGUAAUGAGACCAAUAGUAAGAUGAUAAAAUCAUAUGAAGACGGCGAUUUAACGAAAGGAUCGAAUGAAAGUGAUCGCAUUGAUGAGCGACGAUUGCGUAGAGCGAUAACUUGUAUAAAUAGUGAUGAUCUACGUAGAGCGUUUGCUCGAAUGCCUAAAAAUACAGCAGCAGAUUGUGCAACUGAAUCAGCAAACUUAGAUCAAACACUGAUCUACGAAUUUCGUCGACGUAAGUCAAUUCCAGUGCCUCAGGCGAUCAUUCAUGCAGAACUGCCGCCUAAUCUUGUUGCUUUUUCGACGCCACGCAUUCUCAACGUGAAGCCGGUACGUGAUUUUGUUGAGCCCCUUCCGCCAGCUAAAUUCUUGAGACGUCGUACACCUGAACGUCGUCUUGUCGCCAGUACUUCUGUUGAUUCAGCUACCUAUAGUGAUGUUUCUUCGUUGUCGAGAACACUAGGUAGAGUCAAUAACAAUGCGUUGGUGAAGUUGCUGUCGCAAAAAAACAACAAUUUGAGUAAUAAGAAGAUCAAAAACCUACAAAAAGCGAUCGUCAUAACUGAAAAUUUGAUGGAAGUACCAGAAUUGAGCAACAACAAUAACAAUUCUAAACAACCGUCAAAACCAAGAUUGUUACCCAUUUCUAAUCAUCAGUCUUCGUUGUAUUCUCAACAACAACAAAAUGGGAGGAGGCAAUCUUCUAAUGCAAAAGAGAAUCCCUUCGGAGUUUCGUUAAAACGUGUCAGUCGAAAGAAACAGCAACUAUCAAUGAAUGGAAGCAGUAUCAGUAAUAACACCGCAACUCGAAAUUCACCAACGAAAGCAGCACUAUCUAGAAAGCCGACAAUUCCAAAAUGGCGACAGGUUGAACGGUAA